GGGCGGGGCCAAGUUGCGCUUUUCGCGGGGCGGGCGGCGGCGAGCAUGGGAUCGCACCCGUCCUCCAAUCAGGAUCCAGCCGGCCUCGGCCCGCUUCUCAGGGGGCGCAGAGCGUCCGAGGAAGGCGGGACGGGCCGGCGGCGGCGGCCUAUGCCGAGUAGAAUCCGGGCCGGUGCCAUGCCGGGAACUGGCCACCCGCUCUGCCUCUUGCUCUGCGGCUGGGCCUUGGUGGCCCUGGGAGCCGGCGCCGAGGAGCACUGCCCGGCCAGGCAGCAUGAGGAGCAGUCUUACGUGGCGGCCGUGUACGAGCACCAUUCCAUCCUCAGCCCCGACCCCCUGGCCCUCGUCAGCCGCACGCAGGCGCUGGAGGUGAUGAGCCGGAACCUGGACAUCUAUGAAGAACAAGUGAUGGCGGCGGCCCAGCAGGCUGCACAGAUCAUAGUGUUUCCUGAAGAUGGCAUUCAUGGGUUCAACUUCACCAGGACAUCUAUCUACCCGUUCCUGGACUUCAUGCCGGACCCCCAGGCGGUUCAGUGGAGCCCGUGUCUGGAGCCCCACCGGUUCAACGACACCGAGGUCCUUCAGCGCCUAAGUUGUAUGGCCAUCAAAGGGGAUAUGUUCCUGGUGGCCAAUCUCGGGACCAAGCAGCCUUGUCACAGUAGUGACCCCGGGUGUCCCAGCGACGGAAGGUACCAGUUCAACACCAACGUGGUGUUCAGCAGCAACGGCAGCCUGGUGGCGCGCUACCGCAAACACAACCUCUACUUCGAGGCGGCCUUUGACAGCCCGGCCCGGGCGGACCACACCGUCUUUGACACGCCCUUCGCGGGCCGGUUCGGCGUCUUCACUUGCUUUGACAUCCUGUUCCUGGAGCCCGCGGUCAGGCUGCUGCGCCAGGACGCGGCCGUGCGGCACGUCGUGUACCCCACGGCCUGGAUGAACCAGCUCCCGCUCCUGGCCGCCAUCCAGAUCCAGAGCGCCUUCGCCGUGGCCUUCGGGGUCAGCGUGCUGGCCGCCAACAUCCACCACCCGACCCUGGGCAUGACGGGCAGCGGCAUCCACACGCCCCCCAAGUCCUUUUGGCACCACGACACGGGGGGCUCCCACGGCCGCCUCCUCGUGGCCCGGAUCCCCAGGAACCCCGCGGGGCUCCCGGGGACCAAGAAUGACCCCGAGGAAGGGGACCCCGCGCAUAGGAAGUUUCUGGAGCUCUUGGCCAGCGGCCCGUCCUGCGACCAGGCUGAGCGGGAAGACCCCUGCGAGUCCCGCUGGCCGGCCGAGGCCCCCCUCGCGUUUCACGCCGAGAUGAUGUACGACAACUUCACGCUGGUCCCCGUGUGGGGCACGGAAGGCUCCGUCCAGGUCUGCGCCGGCGGCCUCUGCUGUUACUUGCGGUACCAGAGGCCCACGCUGACCCCAGAGCUGUACGCCCUGGGGGUCUUUGAGGGGCUGCACACGGUGCACGGCACCUACUACCUGCAGGUCUGCGCCCUGGUCAAGUGCGGGGGACUCAGCUUCGACAGCUGCGGCCAGGAGGUCACGGAGGCGGCGGGGCUGUUCGAGUUUCACCUGUGGGGGAACUUCACUUCUUCCACCAUCUUUCCCCUGUUGCUCACCUCAGGGAUGACCCUGGAAAGGCCCGACCAGCUGGGCUGGGAGGAGGAGUAUUACUUGCUGAGGAAGAAGAGCCUGUCCGCCGGCCUGGUGACAGCAGCCCUCUACGGGCGGUUAUAUGAAAGGGACUAGGGAAAGGGUAGGUGCCUGGAAGCCCGCCAGGAGCAUGUCCUGGGAGCUGUGGGGUGAAGCAACUGAUGGGCACCCCUACCCCCUACCCCUACCCCCCAACCUCCCCACUCCAUGACCCCAACAUCUCUUCCACCAAAAUAGGUGCUUACUAAAUUUUCCACUCACAUCAUUUUUUUUUCCAAGUCAUAUCUUCCUCCAGAAAAAUUUUUUAGGAGACAGUUGAUUUCAAGAAAUAAAACAAAAAUAAACUGGCUUCUAUUUUACACAUUCA